AUGGCCAACCACUUUCAAUCUGUCGUGACCAUGGAAAAGCCUUUGCAGCACUUGGGCUUAACGGAUUGGCAUUCACGGGUUCAACAACUUCGUAAUGUCGCUGAUACGCGUCGUGAUGAGGCUUUUAAUCUCCGUCAAACUGCCCGAAUUUUACGUAACGAGACACGAAUUCAAUCGACAUGGGAUACGUACUACAACAAUUCCAAACUCUCGGAUCGCAUCCAUGAAGUCGAUCGAUGGCGCGAAACGAUUCAAACGUGUUACGAUCGAAUUUGCAAGGAAAUUGAGGAUUUGAAGGAGGAAAAGUUGAUCACGGAACGCGAAUUAGAGGCAUUGAUCACGCCAUUGAACGUCGUCUCGGAAUGUCUCACGAUGCGCGAUUGUCGUUUGGGAUCAGAGCUGACGUAUGACGACGGCGACACGGAGCUGAAGAAGGAAUUGGCGGUGGUUGAGAAUAAUCAGCGGAUGUUGAGGGAUCAGUGUCAAGCUGCAUGGGAAAAACUGAAUAAAUUGGAUGAAGUAAAGUUUAAAUUGAACUUGGAUUUGACCGAUAAGCGAGAGGCGGAAGAUAUUGACAUGGCGCAACUCGCUUUGGACAAGCAUUGCUCGAAUAUUACUUUUAAAACGGAUCCAACGAGAGUUCCGAGGAACUCUUCAACUCAUCCCGGAUGGCUUGAAUACACGAAAUACUUGAAGGCUCUUGCCGAAAAGGAGCUUGAAGAUGCUUAUGCUAUGAGAGAAUCCUUAUUCGUCUCCCGCGAAAAAGCUCGCAACAUUUUGACCGCCCAACAAGAACGCACCGAACACACGCUCCGCAAACGCAUUUUCGAGACUCAACGUGCUCGCAACGAGCUCGAAUGGCAACAACUCAAGAUGCGCGAAGAAAUGGAGAAAUGCCUUGCGGAAAUCCUCACUCUCGAAAAGGCGUGGCGCGACAAAAUCGACGCUCUCAAGUUGGUGGAAACGCGUUUGGAAAAUCGCGCGCAACGUUCGGGCAUGGAGCUCUGCUGCGACGACCCUUAUAGCGGAUUAUGUGACGAAGUCGCUCGUUUGAAGGAAACCAUCCAGAUGAUAAACGACAAAAUUACGCAAGCAAAAUCCACGUACACCUCACUUGAGGAUCACGCAGCCAAAAUCGAUCGGGACUUGCAAAACAAGCAACAUUCGCUGAUGACCGACAUUCGUGGCAUCGAUUUGCGUCAACGGCUCCGCGGCGAAUUCACCAGUGGACCAAUUACGCAAACGGAGCGCAACUUGCAAUUGUCCAAGAUGGAAGACGAAAUUCCGAAAAACUAA